GUUGGCAUUCCAUGCAAACGUUUGUUGGACACCGUGACAGUGAAAUGCGGCCAUUGCAGCAAUCUCUCCUUUCUUAGCACGAGACCUCCCCUGCAAGGCCAAUGUCUUGACCACCCUACCACUCUUCAGGCCUUUUGCAAUGAUUUCAGGAAGGCUCAGUCUUCAUCAUCGUCGUCGUCAACAUCAAACGAGCCACUGUCUACCAAAGUACCCUUCGUUGUAAAACCACCUGAGAAGAAACACAGACUCCCAUCAGCUUACAAUCGAUUCAUGAAGAAUGAA